AUGCGGCCUUCUUCUUCUUCGUACACCUGCCGGAGGUGUCUCCAGGUGCUGGGCAAUGCAAGAGCAGGUUCGCAGACCAGCUUUUUAGCUUCACGACUGGCAUUGAGGCGGAGGACGAUAUCGACCAAGAAUGGAGCGGGACUCAAUGGAAGUGAACAAUUGGGGGUUCGGCCAGCUCGAAAAGCGAUGGAGAAAAGGAUGGUGUCCUCGGAAGCAAGACCGUUAUUGAUGCCAAACAACCUCUUCCACCCUUUCUCGGAGUCUCCUUCCCCAGAGAUAAGACGUCGAGCAGCCUUCAUCAAGCAAAAUGCUUUCUGUCCUCACCCCGACCAUCGUCAGUCCCGACUUCCAAUGAACCCUGAGGACCCCGAAGCCCGAAAGUCUAGUGAAGGAGGAUUAGCACCCGCGCAUGUCAGUUUCGAAUGUCCGGAUUGUGGAAUACCAGUAUCAUGUUCUGAGGAUCAUUGGGCGGACGAUUACGAGUCUCACCUGGAAAUAUGCGAUACACUUAGGGAAAUCAAUGAAGAUGACCAUGAUCUACGGUCAGGACGUUUCUUCCCAGAGUUUGACUACCCUGAAAUGCAAAUGGAAGAAGCUAUGAUCAAUAUGACGAACUGGGAUACUUUUCUCUACACGAGAGAUUUCAGAGCUAUCGAUGAUGAAAGGAGUCUACGGCAGGCUACUAGGCUCUUAACAUAUCCUGUCACUAUUGGAAGUGUGUUGCAUGAAUUGAGCCCUUACACAAUAAAGCAAAAGGGCAGAUUAACCGUGGAGGGGUUGAAAAGUCUAAGUGCUUUACGAUACUCUCUUCACCCACCUCGAGAUGGAGCAGGCUCUGGUAUAAAAGGUCUUAGACCAACGCCGCCACCAAUGCGCAUCUUCAUCUUGGGUGCUCGUGCGGAAUCUUCACUUCCCAGAGAAGUUUGGAUUCAAUUGACGCAUCUAUUCCCUCGAGUUGCUUUCCAUCUCGUAUUCGUUGGCCCGGAAAGCAUGGCUAAUAGAGACGCGGAAUUUCCACUUCCUGAAAGAACGCCUAGCAACCCUUACGGUGCUAUCGUAGAGGGUCGUAUCACGAGUUCCUUGAAAAUCAGCACGUUUGUCGAGUAUUAUCACACCUUGCACAAAGCUGGUCAUUUUCACCCAUAUGACCCAUACUUUGACUGCUUCAUGCUGUUCCAUCCAGGUCUUGGACAUCCUGCAAGUUCUCAUGAAUGGCAGGAAACCAUACCACAAUUACUAGAGACCAAGGUGCCUAUUCUUGUAACUGGAUACACACAGUAUGACAUGGAACGGGAUAUCGAAUGGGUGAAGAAGACAGUGGGUGGUGAGAUGGAUAUGUUGAUGGAACCAGGAGAGAAUCGUUUCCGAAGCUUGAGGUGGGAUCUUAAUGACUUGGAUCCCCAGGACAUCAGCUGUGGAAACUGGGGGGUUUGGGGGUUCAGAGGCAAGAGAUACGAGACUACGAGGAAAGAUGCUGAGGAGUAG